GGCGGAAGCGGCUGCAGGAUGCUGACGGGCCCAGCAGGACCGAACCGAGCCCUGGGAUCCGAACCGUCUCCUGCAGUCCUGGACCCGGACCGGUCCGGUUCCGACCCGCUCACCUGAUCUCCGCUUCACCUGUUCACCUGCGGGGGCCGGGGCCAGUGCGCCUGCGCGGAGCGGAGCAGCGGAGCAGCGGAACAGCUGAGCGGCGGCUCCUUUGUUCUGCUGUGAGUCCUGCUGACAACCUGCAGCAUCUGGACCAGAACCAGGACCAGAACCAGGACCAGGACCAGAACCAGGACCUGGACCAGAACCAGGACCAGAACCAGGACCAGAACCAGGACCUGGACCAGAACCAGGACCAGAACCAGGACCAGAACCAGGACUGGUUCCGUCCCCCCACCAGACCCAGACGUUUCUCACAGAGGUGGUCCAGAUGAGCAGCAUCGACCCGCCGGCAUCUCUGUCCUCCUGAUUCAGGGGCGGGGCUUAGAACCCGGGGGCGGAGCCUGAGCGGUGCCCCCGCCCAGCUGCUGAGGAGGCCCCGCCCACCCCCACCGAGGGUCUUGAUGCGCUGGGGGCCCCGCGGUGGCCCCGCCCUCCUGCGACCCCCCCCCCUGCUGCCACCACGGCCGGCCCCCCCAGGAGCCUGGUUGCCAUGCCGACGGAGACGCUGGCCCCGCCCCUGCAGGACAGCAAGGGCCCCGGCCCCCCCGCCGCCUUUGGGGCCCCCGCCGUGCCGCUGCGCAUCCUCAACAAGGGCCCCGACUACUUCAGGAGACAGGUGGACCCGAACCCGAAGCGUCUCAGCGCUGUGGAGCGCCUGGAGGCCGACAAGGCCAAGUACGUGAAGAGCCAGGAGGUGAUCAACGCCAAGCAGGAGCCCGUCAAGCCGCCGGUGCUGGCCAAGCCCCUCCCCCUGCUGGCCAAGCCCCUCCCCCUGCUGGCCAAGCCCCUCCCCCUGCUGGCCAAGCCCCUCCCCCUGCUGGCCAAACGGGCCUCCGGGGGCGGAGUCUCCUUCAAGGCGUCCAAUAACAACGCCAAGUCGGACACGUGCGCGACGACCAGCGGCGGCAAACGCGAGAACCUGAACCUGGAGAUGCUGAAGAACCUGCUGAACUGCAGCUCGUCCCCGGGACCAGGACCAGGACCCGAGGGACCGGCUGGGGGGGCCAAGAGGUCAUCACCGCGCAGCUGGAUGCCGUCUGGGACUCCGCUGACCUACCGGUCCACCUUGACUCUCAACGAGACGCCGGCGGACUCGGCCCCGAGUCCCAGCACCUCCCACUCCCUCCGGUCCUUCUCCCGCUCCCUGAAGGUGCCGCCGGCUGCCGGGGGGGGGCGGCGCAGCCCGGCGCCCCUGAACCUGAACCUGAGCCGGCGGGUCCGCGAGGGCGGGGCCCUGGACCGGGUCCUGGACUCCCCGUCGCCGCUGCCGCCGCUGCUCAGCUCGCACUCGUCCUGCGACCUGCUGCGGCUCUGCAACGGCCGGCCGCUGCGCUCGGCCCGGUCCAGCAGCUCCUCGGCGCCGCCGCUGCCCCCCAAGCCCAACCCGGCCGGCCUGCCGCCCCCGGCGCUGUCGCUGCCGCCGGCCCGGCCCGACGCCCCCCAGUCCCUGCCCUGCGACCCGGCCGACCCCCCGGAGUCCGACCCGGGCCCCGGCGCCGCCCGGCGCUCCUCGCUGCACCGCUCCAAGUCGGACCUGUCGGACCGCUACGCGCGCGCCGGCGCCGACGUGGAGCGGUUCUUCAACUAUUGCGGCCUGGACCCCGAGGAGCUGGAGGCCGUCGGGCCCGAGAGCUUCGCCCGCGCCAACUCCGACAUCGUCAGCCUCAACUUCCGCUCGGCCUCCAUGGUGUCGUCCGACUGCGAGCGCUCGCGCCGCUCGUCCAACGACGGCGUCUCGGACGGCGACGAGGCGGAGGACGAGGACGAGGACGCCGGCGAGCGCGUGCCCUACGGCAUCUCGGCCGUAGAGAGGAAUGCCCGCGUCAUCAAGUGGCUGUACAGCAUCCGGCAGGCCCGCGACACGCAGAAGGUCUCGCACGUGUAGGACCUGGGGUACCGGGACCGGUCUGGGGUACCGGGACCGGUCUGGGACCGGUCUGGACUACCGGGACCGGUCUGGACUACCAGGCCCGUGACACGCAGAAGGUCUCGCACGUGUAGGACCGGGACCGCCGGGACCGGUCUGGACUACCAGGGCCGGUCUGGACCGGACUGCAGACCCCCAGACCGCGGGACCAGGAGGUCCAAAGACUCAAGUAUCCGAGAAAAUCUGUAAAUAAUGUUCUGUUUUAGUGGCCCGGACUCGGGGACCGGACUCGGGGCCGGACUUGACGACGGACUCGGGGCCGGACUAAGGGGGUCCUUGUUCCGGUUUUCAGACUCGGAGAUCCUGGUUCAUCUGUAUGACGUUGGAGCUAAAGAAGCUAAAGAAGCUAAAGAAGCUAAAGAAGCUAAAGCGGGUGUAAAAGUGCUGAGUCAGCACGGUAAAAACCGCCGAGUCAGAGCGACGAGAACAUUGUAGAAGACUCUAACGACUUUAUCUGCUGCACCGGGUUUGAAGGAUUAGAAUAAAGAAAGCUGUGAAUUUGUAAGAAAAGAUAAGAAAAGAUCUCAGGAACUUUAUCGGUUCCAAGAACAAUAACAAAGAAAUACGAGAGAAGAAGAAGCUGCUGGUUCUGGAAGGUUCCUGGACCUCAUGGUGGACUUUCAGCCUGAGUUCCUUGAGUUCCCAAGUUCUCCAUUUCCCCGAGUUGCUCGAGUUCCCAGAGUUGCUCGAGUUCCU